CAAAAUGUCGGAAAAAAUGGCGUCCCUUGCCAAGUGACGCUUGGAAAUUGAAAUUCUUUCUUUUUCAGUAAAUUGGUGAUAAAUACGUAUUAAACUCAUUAAAUACAUCGGAGUCCAGGUUGGACGUGUUAUGGCAACACCGAAUAGUUACAAACAAAACGCAUCAAUGUCGAUGCCAAGUCCCCAGAGCAAUCCGCACUACAUGAUUGCGGGGCCCCCAAUGAGUUUCGGUAUGAUGAAAGGCGGGUUGAAUGCACCGCCCCACCAUAACCAAUACGGUUACCACCCGCCAUACCAGGGGGGUCCGAUGGGCCACCCGGGUGGGUACGGGUGGUCGCAGAGCCCGCAACCGCCCCGUUUCGGUGCAGAGGGCGCCCGCCGGACACCGGGCGGCUCGGGCGGCGGUCAGGCCUCGCAGGCCGGGAAGGACGAUAAGACGAGCCCAUUCGUAUCCACGUUGCAUUCGCACCCCGGAUUUCAGCCGCAGAAGAUCGGGAAGGGCGCUGGUGCGGGCGCCGGCCUUCCCAAGCCGCCGAAGCCGCCAGAAAAACCCCUGAUGCCAUACAUGCGAUACUCCCGCCGAGUCUGGGACAGCGUGAAGGCAGCGCAUCCAGACCUGAAGCUGUGGGAGAUUGGUCGCAUCAUUGGAGGCAUGUGGAGAGACUUGCCAGAGUCGGAAAAAGCAGGAUUUGUAGACGAGUACGAGGCUGAGAAGUCGGAGUACGAAAAGAGCCUCAAAACGUACCACAAUUCGCCCGCGUACCUGGCGUAUAUCGCAGCGAAAAAUAAGGCAGUAGUAGGCAACCUGGAGGAGGAGAGUUCCAGCAAGAAGGGCAGCUCGCAGAAGGAGCAGCAGCAACAGGACAGAAGGAUCGAUAUACAACCAGCUGAAGAUGAAGAAGACCAAGACGAAGGACUAUCUGUAAAGCACGUGGCCUACGCGCGGUACCUCCGCAACCACCGGCUUAUCAACGAGAUAUUCUCCGACACCGUCGUGCCUGACGUGCGCUCCGUCGUCACAACCGCUAGGAUGCAGAUAUUGAAGAAGCAAGUGCAAUCUCUAACGAUGCACCAGAAGAAAUUGGAGGAUGAGUUGCAGCAAAUAGAAGAGAAGUUCGAGGCCAAGAAACGCAAGUUCAUUGAGAGCAGCGAGACCUUCCAGGAAGAACUGAAAAAGCACUGCAAGCCGGCAGUAGACGAAGAGACGUUCUCGCGAAUGGUGGAGCGCGCCUUAGAGCAGAUGCGGCGCGGCGUCAACCCGGCCGCGCACCCGCUCACGCUUAACCAGGCAGAGAGGAAAGACGAGCCAAUGGAACAAGAGCCGACGCCUAUCAAGACGGAAACAAACGGGCCUAACCCGCCGACACAAGUGGACGCCGUGUCCACCACCGAGCCCAAGCCCGACGGCUCCACCACCGAGCUGCAGCCCGACCCCAAGCCCGAGCCCGAGCCGCAGGAAGGUGAGCUCUGUUCCCGCGCCAUAAGGCACAAGGCUGCUUGCACGCGACACUAGUGGACGCGUGGCCACCAGCGA